AUGUCUGACCUCGAUAUCAACGAUUCCAAACCAAACAUGUCCACUCUAUCGCGGGCCACAGACCUGAUACCAGCACAGUGGGCGGCGCUAUCUUUUCAUCCCUCUACGCGCCCGGCGCCGUUCACGCCAACUCUACACACCCAACUGUCUCCCUCGUCCUCCGUUUCCGAGGAACAGUACAGGCCUGACAUGCCGAAUCGCAAAAGAUCUAGUCCUCCUCCCACGAAGAGGAUCAAGUCCAACUUCCCCCCACAGUUCUGGGACAGGCUGUCAAAAGUUUGGCUUACGCCUCGAGCCCUACGCGAGAAAGACCGGCGAAACGGCGUACGACCUCCUGCGACAGUCUUGGCAGCUAGUGUAGUUCCAACAACUCUCGUCCGAUUUGCAAGGCACGGCGGACCAGAUCUUGGCCAUCUUCGAGGGUAUCCUGAACGGAGAGACACUGCACCGUCAAGCCGACGGACACAAGUGACAGCCGUUUCCGCGAAAGCAUCUGCCGAUGACAAAGAUUUUGCGCUGGACUUGAUUAACCACGGCAUCUAUCCCGAAGGGUUUGAGCACGGUGAUGGACGCUCAACGCCUGAACCUGAUAAUUUGGACGUUAUCAUUAGGGACCUGGCCCGCUCGCGAGCGUCACUUUCACCAUCUCGGUUCUCUACUUCCGCUUUUAAAAAGUUCAAGCGAGCCAAUAACCAGGUAAUUUCCAAACGCAAGGUCAUAACCGGAAUACUCCCAAUCAUAUGCGGCAGUAGCGAUAUUUUAGACGAGGGGGAUAUUCCUUUUGUCAACCUCGAUUCAAUAGCCGGCAGUACUACCGCUAAGCCCGACUUAUACGAUGGAUCGCACGCAAAAGAGCUUAGCAAGACAGUACGACAAGGGCUAAAUAAGACGAUUGUACCUACGAGCUAUGCCGACGCUCUAGUGGCGCCUAAUUUCUUCCUCGAGGCUCAAGCGCCGUGUGGAGGCGCCGACGUGGCAAAACGCAAGGCGUGCUUGGACGGAGCUAUUGGGGCUCGGGUCAUGCACAGCUUGCAGAGCUACGGCGAGGACGUGUCCGCCUUCGAUGGCAACGCCCACAGUUUCAGCGCAACCUACCAUGCUGGCACCGGUACUCUUCAGUUGUACGCUCACCAUGUCACCCCCCCUGCAGCCGAGGGAGAACGGCCGAAAUACCACAUGACGCAGCUGAAGGCGUAUGCAUUGAUAAACGACCGGGAAGCCUUUGCUCACGGAGCAGCUGCUUUGAGAAAUACUAGGGAUCUGGCUCGACGGCAGCGGGUGGCUUUUAUACAAGCUGCCAACGCUAGAGCGUCGAAGGCGGAGUUGGCAGCCACGGCGGAUAAGCUUUGCAACAUGCAACAAGAUGACGAACAAGACGACGAUCAAGAAGUUGAACAAGUCGAUGAACAAGAAGACGAUAAUCCUUCAAAGAGCUCAGCAUGGCAGGACUAUCACGACGACCUUCAACAACAUAUUGCCAAGUCUUGUGUUGAAGAGUGCGAGGGCGAUAGCGAAGCACCCACCACUCCUCAAUAUUAUUACGCUCGGGAUUCGUCGCAAGGCCUCGACCCAGAUGUAGCUUCUAGGGCCGAUGCCCCGUCGAUGAGUUCAGAGUCGAGCUUCCCUUCAAGUCUCAAAAUCCGGUCGUCCAAGAGCCGGUCCCGUUUUGCCGCAAUUCGGCAAACGCCCGGGUCGGACGCUGCCAUUGCAAAAGUCUGGGCGAGCAGCCGGCCGGGAGACGACAAAGAAGGUAGAAGAACGAAAGUAAUCGGCCAAUGCCUCUAG